CCGAGGGAGUGGCUUAACUUAAGGGUAGUAUUGUAGUGCGGUCAUGUAGUUAAUUCGUUUCGAUAAAAAAAACUAGUGCCGGUCGGAUAAUGGAUUAAAAUUAAUUUGAAAGUUAUCAUGACGGUGAGCUGACGAAGCCGCCAUGGAUGGCGAGAACAGGAUCAUCCUGAACGUUGGUGGGAUCAGAUACGAGACGUACAAGGCGACGCUGAAGAAGAUCCCGGCGACGCGGCUGUCCAGGCUCACGGAGGCGCUCGCCAACUACGACCCCAUCCUCAACGAGUACUUCUUCGACCGCCACCCUGGGGUCUUCGCCCAGGUCCUCAACUACUAUAGAACGGGGAAGCUGCACUAUCCAACCAAUGUUUGCGGUCCUCUGUUUGAGGAGGAAUUGGAGUUUUGGGGGUUGGACUCCAAUCAAGUGGAGCCUUGUUGUUGGUCUACCUACAGCAUACAUAGGGAUACCCAGACCACCUUAGCCAUCCUGGACAAGCUUGACAUUGACUCGGAGAAGCCCAAUGAGGAAGAGAUUGCGCGCCUUUUUGGCUACGAAGAGGCAUAUUUGGCGGGAAGACUCAAUUGGUGGCAGAAGCUAAAACCGCGGGUCUGGUCGUUGUUUGACGAGCCUUACUCAUCCCUUGGAGCAAAGGUGGUGGCGGUAGUCUCGGUGUUCUUCAUCUGCGUGUCCGUCUUGUCCUUCGCCCUCAAAACUCACCCUGACAUGCGGGUUCCUACUAUCCGCAACCGCACCAUAGCGAUGCCUAACCACACCAUCGUCUGGACCCUGGAGAAGGAGCGCACAGAUCCCCACGACGCCUUCUUCUAUGUCGAACUCGCCUGCAACGCAUGGUUCACGUUCGAACUUGCCGUCCGCUCAGUGGUGAGCCCCAACCUUGUGCAGUUCAUCAAGUCGCCAGUGAACGUCAUAGACUUUGUCGCCACGUUGAGUUUCUACACCGAUAUCCUCCUACAGAGCAGCGUAGCUCAUCACAUAGACAAGUCGGACAUUCUAGAGUUCUUCUCCAUCAUCAGGAUACUGAGGCUGUUCAAGCUGACCCGUCACUCGCCCGGGCUCAAGAUCCUCAUCCACACCUUCAAGGCCUCCGCUAAAGAGUUGACCCUUCUUGUGUUCUUCUUGGUCCUGGGUAUCGUGGUGUUCGCCUCCUUGGUGUACUACGCGGAGAAACUCCAGGCCAACCCACACAACGACUUCAAGAGCAUCCCAGAGGGCCUGUGGUGGGCGAUCGUCACCAUGACGACGGUGGGCUACGGUGACAUGGCUCCUAAGACGUAUGUGGGUAUGUUUGUGGGAGCUCUGUGUGCGCUGGCGGGAGUUUUAACCAUCGCCCUCCCUGUCCCCGUCAUCGUCUCCAACUUCUCUAUGUUCUACUCCCACACACAGGCAAGGUCAAAGCUGCCUAAGAGGAGGCGGAGGGUGUUGCCGGUCGAGCAGCCGAGGCCCAAGAGGGGCGAGUGCCCAGCGGCGACCACAGCGGGGGUGAUCAACCGUCGAAUGAACGCCAUCAAGCAUCCCAACCAACCUGCUAGCAUCUUCAAGGACGCCUUCACAACGCUGGCCCAGCCCAGCAAACUAGGUACUGUGAACGGGGUGAACAUGAUAGGUUUGGCUCUUCAAGGACCUUCAAUACCAGGAAUCGCACUCCCUCCACCAGGCCUGGAUACACCCUUCGUGUCUAGGGAGCUCGAUGUGACGUCACCACCCAGCCUAGCUCUGGUACCCAGCAGAAAUGUAGUCGCGCCAGCCCCGCUACAGCCUCGUGCCGCCACCAUAGGCAAUAUAAACCUUCUUCUGCCUCUACAGCCCCGACUACUGGCAGAGGACUUGAGAGCGAGGACAGUGCUGCAGUCGAAUGUACAACCCUCCCAACUAGAGUCCGUCAAUCCUUCUUCCAACUGAACUGUCGCCAGAGGUGCUACCUGCUACGUCCACGACCACCAAGA